CAGUUUGAACAAAUUAAAUUAAAAAGAAUCAAAAGUUCUGAUUCGGAUAUCACUAGUUACUAGUUUCAGCCAAAAAUACAUGAGCGACCAUAUCCUAAAACUCUACGCUAGAGCAAUAAUACCUAGCUUUGCCAUAUGCAUUAUGUAUUAUUAACGAGCAUUUUGUGUCGUAACAUGUUUUGUGCUCUACGUAGUGCGCAUCGCAUCGCACUUCCUCAUGCAGCCUCAUCACGGGUGUGGAAACACCUUCAACACGUCCACACUCAACUACACAACACACGCCAGAGGAAGAGAGAGGGAGAAAGGGGGCGUUGAAUCGUUUGCCACCCGCAAAUUGUCUUUCUCUUCGUCCUCUUCUCUCUCUGAAUCUCUAGUUUUCCUGCUAACAUGGCUGCGCUCUCAGCCUGGUUCUGGAACGAGCGCUUCUGGCUUCCGCACAAUGUCACUUGGGCGGAUCUGGCCGACCCUGCGCCCGGGGUGGAGUACCCGAAAGCCGGCCACUUGCUCUCCGCGCUGCCGCUGGCCUUGGGGAUCUUCGCAGUGCGGAUCUUUUUCGAGAGGUAUAUCGCGGGUCCGUGUGCCUCCAUCCUUCAGAUCCAGAUGGAGUUGAGUCGGAGAGCUCAGCCCAACGCCAUCCUGGAGAAAGUGUUUACAUCCAUCACAAAGUCCCCAGACUCGAGGCACUUAGAGGGUCUGUCUAAGCAGCUGGACUGGGACGUGCGGAAGGUCCAGCGAUGGUUUCGACACCGGCGGAACCAGGACAAACCCAGCACAAGAACCAAGUUUUGCGAGAGCAUGUGGAGGUUUACAUUCUAUCUGUGUAUAUUUAUAUAUGGGAUCCGUUUCCUGUGGCAGUCUCUCUGGAUGUGGGAUACGAGACAGUGCUGGUACAAUUACCCCUAUCAGGUGCUGACCUCAGGCCUGUAUUAUUAUUAUAUAACAGAACUGGCCUUCUACUGGUCGCUCAUGUUCUCACAGUUCACAGACAUCAAAAGAAAGGAUUUCCUCAUCAUGUUCGUUCAUCAUCUGGCGACGGUCAGCCUGAUCAGUUUCUCGUAUGUAAAUAACAUGUUGCGUGUGGGGAGUCUGGUCAUGUGUAUUCACGACUCAUCGGACUUCCUGCUGGAGGCUGCAAAGUUGGCAAACUACGCCAGAUACCAGCGUUUAUGUGACUUCUUGUUUGUGGUGUUCAGUAUGAUCUUCUUCGGGACGAGAUUGAUCAUUUUCCCCUUCUGGAUUCUGAACACGACGCUCUUCGAGAGCUGGGAGAUCAUCGGGCCGUACCCGUCCUGGUGGCUCUUCAACUUUCUGCUGCUGGUGCUGCAGGUGCUGCACAUGCUCUGGUCCUACCUCAUCGCCCGCAUCGCCUUCAAAGCCAUCAUGAGAGGAAAGGUGUCCAAAGACGACCGCAGCGACAUUGAAAGCAGCUCGGAGGAAGAAACCGAAACGACACCCAAAGAGCGACUCAAGACGGCUUCAUCCCGAGGAGAAAACGGCUCCAACGGCCAUUUUGGCUCCAAAACCUGGAGCCAGAACCACAACAACUGGUGACGCUCCCUCCGUUUGGCCUUGCGCACAAAGAACUUGUGUCCUAGAAAUAUCGCAACGGGACUAUUCCUCAUCCCUGUACCUCACUCCAACAACAAAAACUCAAAAACACCAACGAAAUCACCCUGUUGUGGGACUUUUGAGACUCGAUGACGGAGUUUGGGACGUCAUUCCGGUGGUGAUGGGACAGUAAUGACAAUAUGGUCACUAUGAGAAGCUUGUGAAAGAGAAAAACGAUGAAAUUAGAGAUAUUUGCAUUCCCUCGUUUCCUCGUUUCGGGAGCGGAGAAGACGUUUCUUUUCCACACUUCGUUUUACUGAAGUCAUGGAAGAAGAUCCUCUUCAGAUUUUAACGGUCAGAUGUACUUGAGUUUCCAUUUGCGGUUGCUUUACUUUUUGUUUUCGUUGUUUUGUUUUGGUUACUGAUGUGUUUGUAAUUUGUUUCCUGUGCUGUUUUCAUUUUACUUUUUUAUUUUUGGAAACCAAAUAAGGUUAUUAAAAUGAAAGCUGGGCCUUUGUCCUGUAAUGAGACGCUUUUUGAUUAAUAGGUGAGUUUUUUUUUUAGUUUUUUUACCUUCCACUGAAAAUCGGGGUAGAUUAAAUGAAAUAAAUAUGUGAACAAAUAAAAUAUGACAAAUUAAAUAAUAAGUUUAGGGUUCCCACGGUCAUCCUAGAAAUGUCUGGGGUUUAAAGGUGUGGUUUCCAGUAUUGUAGUCAAUUUUGAAAUCUUUCAAAUAUAAAUUUCUAUACUGCAGAAAAAUGGGUGUUUUCUGAUCAUAAAGAGCAUUGAAAAUGCGAAAUGCAAAUAAUAAUUAAAUUAAUGUUUAUAUAAUAUCUAGGUCCUGGAGCAAAACCAGU